AUGAACCUGCUCAAACUUCAACUCUUAUUUGUAGCAGUAGUGGCUGCCUCCAACUAUGACACGGCCUUGGGUUCGACGGUGUUCUAUGAGUGCACUGAGUUGGUGCCUUCCAUUGCGACGUUUUGCGAGAACCCUUACGACUAUACGUGCUACUGCCGGAACCCAAACGCUUUGGCCACAAUAACAGGCUGCUUUGGGUCCACUGCCGGUACGUUGAAGUAUGGAAACAGCUACUUGCAGACCUUCUGCGAGGAGGUUCAAAUUCCCUUGUCCAUGGAUCAGAUCGAAGAAGCGUACAGAAACUAUACGAAAUAUGGCUACGAUACUUCACGGGAUAAGAGCUACAAUCAGAGUGAAAUGGCCACAACGCCUAUAAAAAUUCCGGAAGCAAAUGCUAGGCUGUUUCGCAACUCGUAUCGCCAGGUGAAAAAUUCGCUUUUCUUCGGUUCGGGUGCUAUUGCCUACUGGGGUCUUGUGGUUGUCGCAUCUGCUGUAUUCAAUUGGGUCACAGCGCUUGUGCCUCAAUCAAGACACCUCUUUGAUGGUGCUGUUUUUAAAGUGGUCAGACGCCACUUAACUAUGCCAGCGCUUUUUGGAAAGCGCAGAACCGAAAGCUUCCGUGCAAAAUGGCCACUUCUCGAGUGGCUUCUCCCGACAAGACUCGAGACUUUAGUGGUUGUAUGCUUUUUUUGGCUUCUCUUUAUUCUUUGUGCUGUGGACGAAAAGUACAUCCCCGCUCCUUGGAGGAAACAAAACGUCGUCACGCAUACUCUGAUCGCUGACAGAACGGGUAUCAUUGCAACGAUGCUUACGCCUCUCAUGGUGCUUUUCGCUGGCAGAAAUAGCUUCUUGCAAUUCUUGACUCGCUGGAAAUCUACCACCAUGAUGGUGUUCCACAGGUGGAUCGCCAGAAUGGUGGUUUUGCUUGUUCUUAUCCAUGCCAUCUGCUACACCAAAGUGCUCAAGGCUCAAAUGCGCUACGCCUCUGAGCUUAGCUUAGACUAUCUCAGGUACGGCAUUGUUGCCUUGGUAUGUGGCGGCAUCAUCUGUGUUCAGGCGCUUUUGUACUUCAGAAGGCGCUGGUAUGAUGUGUUUCUUGCUAUUCAUGUUGUGUUAGCAGUAUUCUGGGUGGUGGGGUCUUGGUACCAUUUGGCGUACGUUGGCUACACCCAAGUGAUGUACGCAGUUUUUGCCGUUUGGGCCUUUGAUCGGUUGGCUAGAUUUGCAAGAUUGUGCUACUUUGGGUUUCCUAGAGCAAGAGUCACUUUGGUCGAAGACACUUUGAAAGUGGAAAUCCCCAAGCCCAAGCGCUGGCCCACGAUUGCGGGCGGCCAUAUUUGGGUACACUUUGGCCUUGGACUCCACUUUUGGCAAUGUCAUCCCUUUACGUUUUUUGAGUCUGAGACCGAAGAGAGCACCAUUGUGUGUUGCUGCAAAGUCAAAGGUGGUGUGACUAAAGCGCUCGAGAGAAAGCUCUGUUCGCUUCCAGGAAAGCAGGCCACGUUGAGGGUGGCUGUUGAAGGACCGUAUGGAGCUGCCAGCCCUGUUGAGCGCCACUCCACUGUGCUAUUUAUUGCCGGCGGAUCUGGUAUCCCAGGGAUCUACUCUGAGGCCAACGCGCUCUGGAAGAAAAAUGGCAAUAGACAGAGCAUCAAACUUCUUUGGAUCGUCCGGGAGCUGCGAUCUUUGGCAAUGUUCAUUCACGAAUUGAGGGCGUUGGUGAAGCACGGCAUCGAAACCACUAUCUUCGUUACUAGGCCAGAGAUCCACCAUGGAGAGGAGCUUGAGAAGCUCUUCAAUACUGAUAGUAGUUCUCUGGCGGAUAAUCAGAAGGAAAAAGAUAGCAUAAGAGACAUCAGCAUCAUUGAAAGGCUUCAGGAAGAGCUUCCGCAUGUGGAGUUUACAUGUGGCCGUCCCGACAUGAGGCAUUUCGUGGCCAGUGAAGUGGAAUUGUCUCCAGGUAGCGUUGCUGUGGUUACGUGUGGCCAUCCGUUGUUGGUGGACGACUUGAGGAACAUUGUGAUCGAACAAGUGAAGACGUCUCCCAAGAGAGUGGACUUUUACGAGCAGUUGCAAGUAUGGGCGUAA